CUCCCUAGGUGUGUUUGUUUACUGGUCCCUCCCUGUCAUGCUCAGAUGUUCCUUCUCGGGGUGCAGAUCACAUUCUCCCAGAUUCCUGAGCCCAGGUUCUGCCAUGGGCACCUCCAGCAUCUUCCUCUGCGUCUUGUUCCUCUGUGGGGCAUUGGGUCUCACCACUUCCCCUGCCCAGGGACAGCUUCACUGUUACACCUGCAGCUUCGCCAAGCCUUGCUACCCUGUACCCACAGAGUGUCAGGAUGAUGAAGCUUGUGGCAUCACUGUUGGCACCUCAGACCAGAAUGAGAUCAUCGAGCGGAAAGGCUGCCUCCCAAGGACCCAGUGCCCUCUGCCAGGUCAUGCCACCUACUGGUCACGUGCCUACAUUCUGCGGCACCACUGCUGUGAGCAGGACCUGUGCAACUCGGCUGUCACAGCACAGUGGCUCCCCAGUCUCUUCCUCACCACCCUGCUCCUCCUGGUGGCCAAUUUUGCCUGGGGAGGCCAACUCCUCCACUAGCCUUGUGUGGACUCUCAGCCCCCAACCCAAGACUCCUUCACCAUCAACAUGGUACUGGAAAUACCUGCAUGGACACUUUUGAGACAUGCCCAAGAACCUGAUUUUGUACACAAUCCUUAGACUCCUAGACCCAACACCUCCACAGACCCCUCCCAAGACCUGUUUCCCAUGGGCACUGCUCUAGCCCUUGUAGGCACCCACCCAAAGCCCAGCCUCAUAAGAAACAUCUGCUCUGUGUCUUUUCCAAACGCCUGGUGCUGAUGUCUUCUCUCAGCCCCAGGUGCCUAGCAAGAUGCCAUUUUGAUAGAGCUGUGGUCCCAGGCAAGCGAAUUGAAAGGGCACAAGGUAUGGUGAUGAGGAAGGUCUUUCUGGGAAAGAUGUAACAUAGUAGGUGGGGAACUAUAGAGUACAUUUAAUAAAGGAGUUAUCUGGGAACCUAGCAAUGG